GCCAAUUUGUCUUCAGCGCGCGCCAUUUCUGAGAUCUGACACUAUCGUAGGCGCUUUGGGGGGUGGGGAUAGGGUUCUUCGCUCUCUCUCGAGAGUCGGAUAGGAGAACGAAAUGGAGAUCGUUCGGUCACAGAGGAAAGCUCUCCACUACGAUGCCGUAUCGACCCUCCCUCUCUACCGCUCCGCUCCACCGCUCGAAGUCAGACUCGAGGAUUUCGAGCUCUUUGCCAUGGAUCGCCUCCGCGUUCUUAAAGGGAUUUCUGAUGCUUUGUCCCGUGGAAAGAAGCCGGAAGAAAUGGGACAACUGGUACGCGAUCUAUGGAAAGCAAAUAUGACGCAUCCGGAGGCAUCUGAGGUUGUCAACAAGGAUAUUAUAUCCCACUUUGUUCUCCGUCUCGCGUAUUGCAGAACGGAGGACUUGAGAAAAUGGUUUCUUUCCAUGGAGACUGCCCUAUUUCGUUACCGUUUUCGGUUUGAAAGCGCUGAAGCUCAGAGAGCACUGAUGGCUGAAUUUGACCUUCCAUACAAAGCAGUUAGCAACGCAGAAUUUGAGAGUACGAAGGACAAAUUGAGCCAAGUUGCACGUUCCAUCGGUCUGCCGUUAUCAACUGCUGAUGCGGUAUUCUACAAGGUACCGUUUGAAGAAGUUCCAGAACUUGUAGCUGGUCGUAGAGUUUUUGUCCAUAAAGGGCAUGCAUACGUUGCCAUGAAUCAGGUGGUUUCCCUUGUUGCCAAUCAAUUCCGUAGUCAUCUAUCAAAGGCACUCAUUCUCACAAACAGAAAGUGGACAUCUACCAUCAGAGAACAAGAGAGCGAUCGGUUGGCUCCCAUUGUAGAAGCCCUAUGCACAAGCUACUUGGGUCCUGACUAUUCUGAGCCAAGAGAACUGGGUGAUAUAUCCAUAAAAGAGAUUGACCAAAUAGCUCAGAGUUCUUUUCCUCUAUGCAUGCGCCACCUGUUUGAAAAGCUAAGAGAGGACCAUCACUUAAAGCAUGGAGGAAGGAUGCAGUUCGGCCUCUUUCUCAAGGGUAUUGGAUUGAAGCUGGAUGAUGCCCUUGCGUUUUGGAAAGCUGAGUUCUCCCAAAAGGUUGGUGCUGAAAGAUUUGACAAAGAAUAUGCAUACAGCAUUCGCCAUAAUUAUGGGAGAGAAGGGAAGAGAACUGAUUAUACUCCUUAUUCUUGUCAAAAGAUCAUCUCUUCAUCUCCCGGUGUAGGAGAUCAUCAUGGGUGCCCCUAUCGACAUUUCAGUGAAGAGAAUCUAAGAGCUGCCCUCGGUAAAAUGAGAUUAAAUAACAGGGCAGUUGAAGAUGUAAUGGACAAAGUGCGAAGUAGACAUUAUCAGUUGGCAUGCACCUUGACCUUUGAAGCUAUACAUGGUACAUCAUGUGAUGCCGGGAUUAACCAUCCAAAUCAAUACUUCACUGACAGCCAAAAGAACCUGCAAUCAAAGAACCAGUCUACAGUGUAAAGAGAAUUUUCAGGCACACUUGUGACUGAAAGAGAUGCAGCCAUCUCCAGGUUUUUUUUUUUUUUUUUUUUUUUUUUUUUUCCCUCUUAAAAAUUUGGAUCAAUCCCCUCACCCUCGCAAAUCUCUAUUUCUCAUCAUAGUUGUGUAAGGCAGGUAAAGGACCUAUAGUUGUAAUCAUUGAACUGAACCGGAUCACUUCCCCAUUUUUUGCCCAUAUGUUUUAUUCAAGGAACCAAAGUUAUUUGAGUCUGUUUUCCUGCCCAUUUGUAAAGAUGCUUGAGACAUUUCUACUAGUGGCAAAAGGCUAAGCUUUCUAUCUACUUUAUAUCUGCCUUUCCAGUUUCCGCCUCUGUUUUACUUUAAAAAGAAGGUCGCAUAAUUUUAGUUAUCUUCAUGCUUGAAAACUGAAUUUGGUGCGAAUGGAACAUUGGUGGUAGAUCCUCCUUUUUCUUAAAAUUGUGGGUGGUUGAUGGGAAAAUAUGGCAUCUAAUGGCACCUGGGUUGUAGUUAAAG